AUGUCAACUUUAAAUUUGAUAGAUAAUGAAUGGACACCAUCGACGUCAAAUAUUCUGGAGCAAAUCGAGCAUGUGCCGGAGUCCACAAUCGAGGAGGAGGUUCGGACGUCGACGUUGAUGGGUUUUAGCGCGUUUUUGAUUGGGAUCAAGUCGGUGACACUCAUCGUUUAUUUAGUGCUUCUUAUUGUUUCCAUAAUCCUCCUCGACAACUCAUUCUUCUUCACAAUAUUAGCAUUUGGAUGUGCUGAGUUGGUACUCAUAAUCAUCACGAUUUAUCAUGGAAUAAAGCCGACGCUUAAAGUGGUAUUCGCAAUGCUGGGAUUCGAGUUGACACUAUCACUCGUCAAACUGGUAUUUGCGAUAGUUUUGAUGGCAAAGGAUGGUGGAGAGGAUUGUUCAGUAGACCACCCGUGUUCCAUAAUGAACAUCUCAGUGAAAGAGCGAUUCGGCCUUUUCUUCUUCAUUCUCUUCACCGCUUUUGCCGAUGGUCUCACUGCUCUCCUCACUAUUGCGAACUCGCCACAAAUGCACGAAUUCGAGAUGGGCGACGAGUAUCUCUUCUAG